AUGUCAGAAGUUCAGGACAGGACCGGCGAGGUUUCUCAGACCGCCCAUUGGUCCCAUUUCGCCCUUGGCCCGUGGGAGAAGGUGACAUUGGAACUCACCGAGGACGGCGAUACUCAUGAACUCGACCCAGUCUACCACUAUGUACACGACACAGCCGCCGAUAUGGGUACUUCCGCCAAGCAAACUGAAGCAGCAGUGAGCGGUGUAGAUGUUUCGGCACUCAAAAUCAAAGAGAUAACUCGCUUCACAAGCGUACGUGCCGCAGAGUCGGCAGAUGGUGAACAGACUUGGGCAGCCAAAACAUUCAAUGCUAGCGGGAUGAAGGUGGAAGAAAUUACUGACUGGAGCCAACUCUGUGUCUGCGACGACGAGCCAGACUGUACCCUUCACAAAGUGCCGACCGAGCUAACUGACUACAUGAUCGAUGACCUUCCUAAGGCAGAGGCCUAAUAGCUGGGAGGAGGAUCUCGAGCAUGACUGACUUGAUCGGUGUGCGAGGCUAGAGAGGAUUUUGCUCAGUCUGGAAGAGUCAUACGUAGUCGUAAAG